CGGCUUCAAACGGUAUACUGGCUAACGGUGUGAAAACACACACACACAUAUCGCCCUUUGAUAGAGCAUAUUCUUUCAUUCUCAUUACAACAGUCACAUACGCUAGCCAUUCAAUAAUUACACAGUCAUGGUAAGCUACUGUCCAAUCUGUGGGAAGCCUGUCUAUUUUGGUGAGAAGAAGAGGUCUUUAGGAAGAGAUUACCAUCCACUAUGUCUGAAAUGUCAAAGGUGUAAAAGACAGCUCACACCUGGACAACAUGCUGAGUAUGAUGAGAAGCCAUAUUGUUCAUACUGCUACAUGAAGAUGUUUGGUCCAAGAGACCUCCACCCCACAAUAUCGCUUUCUCUCAACAGGUAACAGGUGAUCCACAGGGAGUCUCAAACCAACUGGGAUGACUGAACUGAUCUACCAUCAUUGACUGACAAGGAGAGGAGAGCACAUAAGAAUGAUGGACUAGAUAUUAUCAGUGUUCCUGUAUUUGAUUUAAGAAAUGAAAGAAUGUGUGUGACUUGGUCAUUCAGACACUAAUAAUAAAUGCAUUUUAACAUUUCCUAACACCAAAA